AUCUUACUAUAAAUAAAGAAAAUUUUCUCUUCGAGCUGGGGAACCCCACUAAGAGCACAUAAUCAUAAUCAUGAAGAAAGCAGGGAGCAUAAGCUCUGGUCUCAAACUCACAGUUCCUGCUGCAUCUGAUCGUGAUUCAUUUACAAAGUUCCGGUCUGAGCCUGAAAGUGGAACGUUUAAGGCUGGUGACUUGCUUGUCAAUAAUGAAGGAGUUCGAAUUGUCUCUGAGAAUGAAGUGGAAGCUCCACCCCCGAUCAGGCCACAAGAUAACCAGUUAAGUUUGGCAGACAUUGAUACAAUCAAAGUGAUUGGAAAAGGAAAUGGAGGGGUAGUGCAAUUGGUGCAACACAAAUGGACUAAUCAGUUUUUUGCAUUGAAGGAAAUCCAAAUGCCUAUUGAGGAGCCUAUCCGCAGGCAGAUAGCACAAGAGCUAAAAAUCAAUCAAUCAGCACAAUGUCCCUAUGUUGUUGUUUGCUACAAUUCAUUCUAUCAUAACGGUGUCAUAUCAAUCAUUUUAGAGUACAUGGACGGAGGGUCCUUGGAAGAUCUUCUGAGCAAAGUUAAAACAAUUCCAGAGUCAUAUCUUUCUGCCAUCUGCAAGCAGGUGCUCAAGGGUUUAAUGUAUCUUCACUAUGCAAAACAUAUUAUCCAUAGGGACUUAAAACCUUCUAAUCUGCUGAUAAAUCAUAGAGGGGAGGUAAAGAUUACUGACUUUGGUGUAAGUGUAAUCAUGGAAAAUACAUCUGGUCAAGCAAAUACAUUCAUUGGCACAUACAGCUAUAUGUCGCCAGAAAGAAUCAUUGGUAACCAGCAUGGCUACAACUACAAAAGUGAUAUAUGGAGCUUGGGACUGAUUUUGCUCAAGUGUGCUACGGGGCAGUUUCCAUAUACACCACCGGAUCGUGAAGGGUGGGAAAAUAUUUUCCAGCUUAUUGAAGUCAUUGUGGAAAAACCUUCUCCCAGUGCUCCAUCAGAUGAUUUUUCUCCAGAAUUUUGCUCAUUUAUCUCAGCAUGUUUACAGAAAAAUCCAGGGGAUAGACCGUCAGCUCGGGACCUUAUAAAUCAUCCUUUUAUCAACAUGCAUGAGGACUUGAACGUGGAUCUUUCAGCUUAUUUCUUCAACUCAGGAUGUACACUUGCAACCAUAUAGAACACAGUAUGUUCCGAUCCUGGACUUUAUUCAAAGAUAUUACCUAAACUACAAGUAAAUGUGGGAUGUGCUCGUUUGCAACUUUCCAAGUUUCCAUACUAAUAUUCUGGACUAUUUGCACAGUGAAAGAUAUGGCAUUCUAUGUCAACUGGGCAAAUGGCAAGUACUGCUGUCACUUCAUAUGUAACUGCAAUUUGUACUCCUUGAAGAGGAUUCCUAGUUGCCUAUGACCAGAAUUUGUAGAAUGGAGCCAAGGAAACCAGCUUCUAAAAUUUAUGCCUGCUCAUUUGACAAUGACUAAUAAUGCAAUUCAAUAGUUGUUGUUUUGAUUACUUGAGUGGACAACUUGAAACUUUUACACCAAUAAAAAAUAUUUUAACUUUC